UCGCAAAUAAAAAUUGGAUCUGUUGUAUAAAUAAAUGAACAUAGUUACACUACAAAAGCCUAUUAGAAUUGUGUUUUUUUGGUCGAAGUAUAAGCCCAACCAUAAAGCGCAAGCAGUACAUUUAGUUUCAAAAGCUGAAUAAGUCGAUUGUUGUCCAAGAACCUCUUACCAACUCCCCAAUUUAAAUAAAAAUGAAACUCUUCUGUUUAUUAAUAUCUUUAUUCUUUAUGGAAGUUUUGGCACCUUAUGAUCGUUAUAUGGAAUUAGUUCACAUUACAACUAUUGGCAUCAAACUUGCUUAUGAAAAGAAUGAUUUAACUAUAGGAGGUAGAUCUGAAGCAAAUGGAUUGGAGUAUCUAAUAGAGACAAUGGUUGAUAAUGUCAAUAAUGACCUGACCUACCAAAAUUUCCGCCAUAUUAAUUUUUUGACAGCUGUACCGGAUCAUCCACAAAUUCUCAUGAGAAGAACAGAAGUCUAUGAUGAUUUAUUCGACAAAAUGAUUCAAGACAUAGAGAGUAAAUUAGGAAUUGAUAUGCCAGGAGAUUAUUUCGGUGAUAAGAAAACAUUGAUAAACCUUGCAAACAUGAGAAGAGACUUUGUUGCUUGGUCUUUAAAAAGUAUAAUCAGACGUCGUAUGCUAGGAUCUGUACAGGAUGUUAUAUCGUUACCCAAUUGUCGUUUGCUCGGAAUAUACUGGAGUACACUAAGUCCAGAAUCAUACAUAAGCGAAGUUAACAUUGACUCGCCUAGCCGUACAUGUAUCAUAACAAGUUGUUCUGCUACCGAAAUGACAUUCAGGAAAAUCGGUGCUACAUGGUCAGUUUUUAGCUCAUAUGGCCUUGACAAUACACUCGAGUAUUACUUACAACACGGACGUCCACAAACUGCACCCACAUACUAACCCAUUGUCAGAAAAACACUGGCAUCCUUAUUUUGUUCUUUACGUAAUAUAUUAUAGUUCAUCAUAUUAUUAUCACUAUAUACACUAUAAAAUCAGAAAUUUUAAAAUAUUAUACAUAUAUUUAAGCUGACGGGAAAACAACCGUCUUAGGAUUUUUUCAAUAAUAUAUUUCACAUAAUACAUUUUUUGUAUAGUAAGUACGUAAUGCUAUAAGCCUAUUUCUGUAUCAUGUCAGGUCUAUCAAAAAAAUA